AUGUCAUCAAGAAUGAGAGACAACGGAAUCAACUUCGUUCGUCGGGUGGUGAGCAUCCCUCGGAACAUGUUAGACGAGUUCUCAAGGGCCAUGAAUCAAGGGAUGGAUUUAAUCAAUGGGAGAACAAACUACCAUCAUCAUCAUCAUAAUCAAAGUGUCCAUUUUCAGCAGCCCUCAACCUUCCCAUUUCAAGGCCCUUCAAAUCUCCACCCACAGCAACAACUCCCCUCAACAGGCCAUGAACAGUGGGACUUCCUAAAUACUUUCGAGCUGCAGUACGGCACGGCGCAUCCAUUUUUCUACGCUUGUCGGUUCACGGACGCCUUGAAAAUGGCUCGAGAAGAGCACAAGUUGGUGUUCGUGUACAUACAUUCCCAAGAACACCCCUUCACUUCGUCUUUUUGCAGGGAGACCCUUUGUUCAGAGGUGAUUGUGCAGUUUCUUGAUGUGAAUUUCGUGUGCUGGGCGGGGAUUUCUGAUAGAGGGGAGGGCCUGCAGAUGGGUAGUGUGUUGGGGGUCUCGAGUUUUCCGUUUUGCGCGGUGUUGGCCCCGGCUGCCGGUGAUAAUCUUGCUGUGCUUCAACAGCUUGAAGGUCCCGUUGCCCCAGCCGAUCUAGUCGAGAUUCUUCAAAGAACGAUUGAGGAACAAGGACCAGCAUUCGGGAGUGGCCGGUCUCGGCAGGAAGAAAAAAGAAUGGAAGAUCAACGGCUAAGAGAGGAUCAAGAUAUCGCCUAUAUAGCAGCUCUACAGAUUGAUCAGGAGAAAGAAAGACUCCAAAAGAAGCCGAGUAUCAAAGUUGAACCGAGUAAACCUCGCAAUCGUAAGGAGAUCUCAAUUAGUGAACCGAACAAUGUUAAACCAGCUACAGUUACUGCACAAACUUCUCAAAAAACACAUACAAGUGGUGUGCAAAAGGCCAAGGUAACUCAGAUUUUGAUCCGUUUUCCUAACGGGGAGAGGAGGGAACACGGCUUCUUGUGCACGGACAAGGUUCGAGCAAUUUAUGAGUACGUUGAUUCAUUAGGCCUUCCUGGUGUUGAGAACUACAGGUUGAUUUCAACUUUCCCACGAAAAGUAUACGAUGAAGAUCAAUUGGGGCUGUCUGUCAAAGAAUCUGGGCUUCAUCCUAAAGCAAGCCUUUUCGUGGAGCUUCUUUGA